AUGCAGGCUCCUGUCUUGGUGAUGAACACCAAUGCCGGUGCUGAGAGGCAGACCGGUCGCAAGGCUCAGUUGUCGAACAUCGCUGCUGCCAAAACUGUUGCUGAUAUUAUCCGAUCAUGCCUGGGCCCCAAGGCCAUGUUGAAGAUGCUGCUCGACCCCAUGGGCGGCAUCGUCCUCACCAACGACGGCCACGCCAUCCUCCGCGAGAUCGAGGUGUCGCACCCCGCGGCCAAGAGCAUGAUCGAGCUCAGCCGGACGCAGGAUGAGGAGGUUGGCGAUGGUACUACUACUGUUAUUAUCCUGGCCGGUGAGAUCCUCGCGCAGGCCCUCCCCCAACUCGAGCGCAACAUCCACCCAGUCAACAUCAUCGCGGCCUUCAAACGGGCUCUUAAGGACGCGCUGGAAAUCAUUGAGGAGAUCUCCCUUCCCAUCGACAUCAACGACGACAAGGAGAUGUACAAGCUUAUUUCUUCGUCCAUCGGCACAAAGUUUGUCUCGAGAUGGUCGGAGCUCAUGUGCAGCCUUGCCUUGAACGCUGUCAGGACAGUCACGUGGGAGGUUGGCAACGGCAAGCGCGAGGUCGAUAUCAAGCGGUAUGCACGUGUUGAGAAGGUGCCUGGUGGUGAGAUUGAGGACAGUCGGGUGCUGGAUGGUGUGAUGCUCAACAAGGAUAUUACUCAUCCCAAGAUGCGCCGCAAGAUUGAGAACCCGAGGAUUAUUCUGUUGGAUUGUCCUUUGGAGUAUAAGAAGGGAGAGUCGCAGACUAAUAUCGAGGUGACGAAGGAGGAGGACUGGAACAGGAUUUUAGAGAUUGAGGAGGAGCAGGUCAAGAGCAUGUGUGAGCAUAUCUUGGCGCUGAACCCAGAUUUGGUUAUCACUGAGAAGGGUGUUUCUGAUCUCGCUCAGCACUACCUCAUGAAGGCCAACGUCACAGCCCUUCGCCGCGUGCGCAAGACAGACAACAACCGGAUAGCGAGAGCCACUGGUGCCACCAUCGUCAACAGAGUGGAAGACCUCCAGGAGUCUGACGUCGGCACCCAGUGCGGUCUGUUCGAGAUUGAGAAGAUUGGCGACGAGUACUUCACCUUCCUCACAAAGUGCAAGUCACCAAAGGCCUGCACUGUCCUCCUCAGAGGCCCCUCUAAGGAUGUUCUCAACGAGAUUGAGCGCAACCUCCAGGACGCCAUGGGCGUGGCGCGCAACGUCAUGUUCCACCCCAGAUUAUCGCCUGGCGGUGGUGCUACCGAGAUGGCGGUCUCUGUCAGGUUACAGCAGCUCGCCAAGAGCAUUGAGGGUGUCCAGCAGUGGCCUUACAAGGCUGUUGCCGAGGCGCUUGAGGUCAUCCCCCGGACGCUUAUCCAGAACGCGGGCAAGUCCCCUGUCAGGGUGCUGACCGAUCUCCGGGCUAAGCACGCCGAGGGCAAGAGCUCGUGGGGCGUGAAUGGUGAUACUGGUUCGCUGGUGGACAUGAAGGAGUAUGGUGUUUGGGAGCCGGAGGCUAUCAAGGUGCAGAGCAUGAAGACCGCUAUCGAGGCCGCCUGCCUCUUGCUCAGAGUAGAUGAUAUUUGCAGCGCGAAGAAGCUGCAACCGGGUGUCGGCAUUAGCGGUGGUGAUGAUUAAAUGUACAGAUGACGAAGGAGGGUAGACCCGCCGGUAGAUAAAGCAUGGCAUAGAUGGAUGGAUGGGUGGGAAGUAGUGAACAAAUAAAAUGCUGGAAUGCAGAUACCCCU